GGCCCACAUGAUAGACUUCCGCCCUUUGUUAGCCGUACCAUGCCUUGUUCCAAGCUUCAGUUAAAGGAACGGGGCAAGGCAGGUUGAAAGAACAGACCGAUCUGAAGACCAGAGAGGUCUCAAGACGUUUGAGAAGACCUGAAGAUGCUAACUACACUCUUACUGCUUUGUGGGGCUGUCGGGCUGCUAAAAUCAGACCCACAUUCCAGGCAUCCUGGUUAUCACCCUCAGAGACCAGGGCCUGAACUUCCUCAGAUGCCUGCACCUCCAGCACUAUCUUCUCCAGCGGAAGAAUUCUGGAGAGGAGAGUCCAUCCAAGGCGAAACUGAGGCAGACGUGGAAGAGUUUUACCCUGCAAGCCGUGAAUCCAGAAACGAGAACUGGUGCUCCUCCGUUCAGUAUCGGCAUGCCACCUACAUUGUAGUUUGCAGGACAGAGAAAUACAUAAUCAGGUCCCAACAACCAUGUCCGAAUGGAACUCCAGACUGCCAGAAGAUCAUGUACAGAACAGCUGUGAAGCCAGUCUACAAGAUAAAAGAGAAAGUUGUAAGCUUUUUAGACUGGAAGUGCUGUCCAGGUUAUGUAGGCAAGGAUUGUGAACAAUAUGAUCCAGCUCAGUUUCCAGUGGGUACCAGUCAGCCUGAACACUGGGAAGAAGCAUUCUCAAACCGCAACUCAGGAGAUGUUGUAGAAGCCCAUCAAAGUCAUGAAGCAGUGCUAGAAGAUCUGCAGAACGACAUUCACCAGGCGGCAAACAGUUUGGGAAUCUUACAGAAAGUCCUUCAUCACAAUAGCACCGACAGAAAUGGAGGCACGGACCAGCACCAGUCAGAACUCCAGCAAAUGCUCUUUCUCCACAUAAACAGUUUCCUGAAGGAGCAUUUCAAUCCUGUCUGGGCCAGUUUCAAUAAAAGCCUCCAGGACCUGUCCGUUGCUGUGCAGAACCUUUCCCAGAGCGUGGAAGCUAAUCGGAAGAGCAUAGAGCGAUUCCAAGAAAGUUCUGUGCCCAGAAAAGAUUUCCAAGAACUAGGGACAAAGUUUGAAUCCAAAGUCCAAGCAAAUGUUCUGAGGGCCGACCAGAUGAAGCGAGAAAUGGAUCAUCAUAAUUAUCUGCAACAAGCCGUCAUCCAUUACAAUCUUACGAUGAUCAAAGCAGACACCGACCUGAAGCUCAAGAGGCACCACAAGCUGCAGCAGUCUUUUUUAUUCGCUUUAAACAACAGUUUGGCCGACAUGAGGCAAGAGCAAAACAAGCUUCGUGGGGAGCUUGAGAUCCUAAACAGAAAUGUUGCCAUGUUCCCAAGGCAAUCGGGCAAUCAGAAUGGGGUGUUUGCUGAUACUGAUAUCCAGAACUUCAAUCAGACCUUGGAAAAACAUGCUCAGGAGCUAAAGAUGCUUUAUGAGGAGUCUGAAAAAGACUAUGAAGAACUAACUGAUUCUAUCACAAGGUUAAAAGACAGCUCAAAACGUGACAUAGAGGACUUCCGUGUACGAUUAAUAGAAGGGAGUCUCAUGGUCGAUGAAUACAGAGAAGAUGUAGAAAAGAGGAUUUUCGCUCUUAAUGAUAGUCUGGCAGAUAUUCAAGAAAACUACUGGAGUCUACAGAAGUCCAUGAAGACGUGCUGUUGUGAAGAUCCGCCUUCAAGUAUCCAUGUGGAAGACUUAAAGAACACCACUCAGAUGCAUGGAGAACAUCUAAAGCAUCUGGAGGCACGUUUGAAAGACCUCGCUGCUGCUUUCCCACUUAUCCAUCAAUCUUUGGAUUUCCAGCAAGAACAAAGUUGGAAGCUACAAGAUGGCCUCUCUCUCUUAAAAAACCAUUCUGACAUUUCUUCUGAGGAGGUUAAUAUGCUCAAAAAAGCCGACGAGAAGAUGCGCGACCACGUGAGGUAUCUCAACAGUUCUUUCAACUCGUUGCUGGUGGAUGCAUUGAGACACGAGAAGGCCCUUGAGGUCCUGCUAGGAGAGGAAAUUUUGGAACACCUGUAUGAAGAAGAAGUCAUUCUACCCACAGAUCAAUUUCCAGUGAUGAACAUCAAAUUAAUUUCAGACCAUCUCAAGAAGCAAAGUAUGGCACUAGAGAAUUUUAAGAAGAGAAUAGACUUUUUGGAGGCAGAUCAUGAGGAUAAUCCACAUGAUCAUAAAUCUUUGAAAGAGCCUGAUCCUGAGAAACAAACAGACCUCAAUCCCCAACAUGGUAGAGUAGAAUAUAUGGAGCCAAACCAUGAAGCUUUCAUGGAGGAUGCCUUAGACAAUCCAGCAUACCAUGAUAUUACAACCCUAAAAAGAGAGAUUGGACACCUUACCAAAGAGAUGAAGAAAUUUGAAUUGCAAUGGGAUUAUAUUCAUUCUUGCUGCAAUCAAACUAAAGCCAACGUAGGGGACUUCCUCGGUGUUUCAGUCAAGGAGGUGAAGGAAGAUCUUGUAUCAGCCAAAAAAAACUUCGAAGAACAUCUAGCGAUCUUUCAUAAAUUGUUUGGAAAUAGUAAGGACUUGGCUGCCUCAAAUGUCAGCCUGGAUGUAGCAAAACUUCAGUUGCUGAUGAGCAGAAAAACAAGGAAGCACCUCAAGGAGAAAGAACAGCAAAACAUGAGGGAGAAGAAAGAAGUCCAUGGCCACAGAGAAGCUACUCUGAAUGGAAGGAACAAGAUAAAUGCAGAGAUACUAGAGACAGACACAGCGGUGGCUUUUUAUGUGCAAUACGCCGAAGAUAAAGAGGAACCCUCCGUCUUUAACCGCACCUACAUUAACUAUGGGGGAGGUUACUCUCACGAACAUGGCUACUUCAAGGCAUCUCAUAACGGGGUUUAUAUGGUGGUGGUCGGUGCAGAGUUCCCCCCAGGACCUGCUCUGGGACAACUGGUUUUCAGCAAUGGCCACAGAAUGACUCUAGUAAACAACAAGAAGAAGAAGUCCAGUGGUGGUUAUACAACGGUCUUCGCCCUGGUGGAGCUGGAGAAGGGAGACUUCAUGUGGUUUGAACUAGUGCAAGGGGCUGCAGUGAGACAGAACACCGUUGGACUGAGCAUGGCAGGAUUCCUGCUACUGAAAACCUGAGAAGGGACAUCUUGGUGCCAGGGAUCUUCCGGUGAGCACAGCCAGCUUGAUGUUUCAAUGAAUGACCUGUUUUGUCGGUGUGAGGACAUUAGCUCAGCAAUGCUUUCUAGAAGGACUCCAGUAGCUGCUUAGCCACAGCUCAAGCGAGGUGGAGUUGUAGAAGACAAUCAGUUAUGUGGCCGGUGCUUGUGACAUUUUUUUCCCCCUUUGUUGUC